AUGAUUGGUCAUCCAUUAUCGGUCCUAUUCAGUUUUCGAUGUUGUAUUGAACUUUUGACCUCUGUUCCUUUUGUGAUCUCUAACUUUAUCCAUCAUGGCCAAUUCCUCUAUGAUAAGGUGAUUGAUCCACUCAAAUCCAAAUUGAUACAUCUAAUUUGUACUCUGGUGGUUCUCCUGUACAAUGGUAUGUCGGCUUUCCAAUACUGUGAAGCAACUUUUGCUAGUGUCAAUUAUUCAAUCUUGGAUUCACUAUAUGUUGUCAUGGUCACUUUAUCUACUGUUGGAUAUGGAGUAAUGAUGACUCUGAUUGUUGUGUCUUUGGCUGUUUUACCUAGUCUAUUAGCAGAUGUGGCAAGAACACUACAGAAAAGAAAUGAUGGUGGUGGGCAUGUCAGCGCAGGAUCAUUACCUUUUAUCUUAAUUGUAGGAUCCUUCCGACCGGAACAAGUGAAUGAUAUUUUGGGUGGAUUCUUAGAUCGAGAACAUGCUGAACCUCAUUUGAAUGUGAUAUUUCUGGAUGUCAAUCCACCUUCUGAAGAACUCAAAUUGAUGGAACGAAAUUCAAUGUGGGGACACAGAAUUCAGUUUCUACAUGGUUCUGUUUUGAAUGAAGAUACUUUGAUCCGUAUAAGAGCCCGUUAUGCAAAAGCAAUCUUCACUAUAUCUGAUGACAAUGCAUCUGAUCAUGCAAAAGAAGAUGAACGAAACACUGUCCGACUAUGGUCUCUUUACUGCUUCACCGUUAUCCACAAUGUCCCGAUCUAUACUUAUAAUCUUUCUCCAAGUACAGCUAUUUAUCAAAAGGUGGCUAAAGAAAUCAUAUGUGUUGGUGAAUUCAAACAGUAUCUUUUGGCAAUGAAUUGUAGAUGCCGUGGUGUGUCAACAUUGUUGACAAAUCUCCUACAUCAACGUCAACCUUUGAACCGUUAUGAUGAAUCCUGGCAAGCUCAAUAUGAUGAUGGAUCUUGUAAUGAAAUAUAUAUGGCUCCCGCUGCAAAAUUGAUCUUGUUUGCUGUCAAGACAAAGGUAGAAAACUCGGCUCGAUAUGAAAUCCUUCUGAACCCGCGUCAUUAUUACGUGAUCAAGGAAAAUGAUCUUUGUGUUUAUAUGGCAGAAAGUCCAAAAGAAGUCCGUGACAUUAGGAAAAUGGUAAAAUUUUUUUUUUUUAAAAAAAAAAAAUACUAUUUUACUUCCUCUACCUGUUCUUCCAAGUCAACAUCAUCAUCAUCAUUGGCCCGCAACCAUCAGCGUCAUCAACAUCAUUACCGUAUUUGCAAACUACCUUCAACAAGACAUGCACUUCUAACUGGUAGUCGUACCUUGAUUGCACGAUUAGGCCAAGCUUAUGACCAAGAACAACCCAGCCGAACGACUGAACCUUCCCUACCUUUAUGCUAUCUUUUGGACCAACCUGUACAUCUCCAUGAUGUGGUAAUUGAAUCUGCUGAUGGUAUCACUGGGCAUAUCCUGGUAUGUUUACAAGACAAGGUUACCAAUAUUUUUAAAUUCAUAUACAACUUACGAUCUCCUUAUUUGAAACGGAAUGAUCUACGAGAUAUUAUUAUUCUUUGCAAUACUCUACCAAAGCCAAAGAUGUUUGAAUUACUCAAUCGGUUUCCAAAGCUUUAUUUCAUGGGUAAUUCCCGAUAUCCUGAUGAUUUGCUACGUGCAGGUGUGAAAACUGCUCAACAAGUGGUAGUGAUGAGGUAA